AUCAACAAAGGUCGUUAACAAAUGUUAUUAUUAUUCCAUUACAAUAUGUCCUUCUUAGACUUAACCAGUAAUAAUCUCUCUUCCUUUACCAUUUUAUUAGCAACCUUAUUAUUCUUUGUGCUGCUAUAUAAAUCAUGGUUCUCUAUUAAAACAAAUUCUCCACCAUCGCCUCCAAAGCUUCCAAUAAUUGGAAACCUCCACCAGCUCGGGUUGUACCCUCACCGAACGCUGCAGGCCUGGAGCAGGCGCUAUGGCCCCGUCAUGCAGCUCCGCCUAGGCAGCGUGCCGGUUCUCGUCAUCUCCUCUGCCACCGCCGCUCGUGAGAUUAUGAAGACUCACGACAUUGCCUUUUCCAACCGACCCAAGUCCUGUGCCCUCGAGAAGCUCCUCUACAACUACAGAGACAUUGCUUCGGCACCUUAUGGCGAGUACUGGAGGCAGAUAAAGAGCGUUUCCGUGCUUCAUCUGUUGAAUAAUAAAAGGGUUCAGUCCUAUAGAGCUGUAAGGGAAGAGGAGACCAAGCUCAUGGUUGAGAAGAUUCGAAAGUCUUGUGGGACUGGGGUGAAUUUGAGCGAGUUGUUUGUAAGGUUAACCAACGACGUCGUUUGUAGAGUGGCGUUGGGGAGAAAGUACGGUGAAGAAAGUGGUGGGAAGAGGUUUAAGGAGCUUCUGGGGGAGCUUACGGAGCUACUUGGGGGUUUCUAUAUAAGAGACUAUUUUCCUAAGCUUGGUUGGUUGAGCCGUCUGAGUGGUUUGGAUGGUAGAAUGGAUAAAGUGGCUAAGGAGUUCGAUGAGUUUCUGGAAGGUGUUCUUCAUGACCAUAUGAAUACAAAUAAGAAUGUUGAUGAUGAACAGAAAGAUUUUGUGGAUAUUUUGCUUUGGAUUCAGAGGGAAAACUCGCUUGGAUUUUCUAUUGAUAGGACUUCCAUAAAGGCUCUCAUAUUGGACACAUUUGCAGCGGGAACAGACACAACCUAUACAGUCCUAGAAUGGGCAAUGACUGAGCUCAUAAGACAUCCAAACGCCAUGAAAAAGCUUCAAAACGAGAUCAGAACAACAAUCCUUAAUAAGAAGAUAACUAACAUUGCCAUGCCAGAAGAAUAUAUUAAUAGUGUUACAGAAGACGACCUAGAAAAAAUGCCAUACUUGAAGGCAGUUUUCAAAGAAACUCUCCGUCUGCAUCCACCAAUCCCUUUAAUCGUUCCUCGACUCACAAUACAAGACAUGAAAAUAAGUGGAUACGACGUCGCUUCAGGCACCCAAGUAUUCAUCAAUGCAUGGGCAAUCGGGAGAGAUCCGACCUUGUGGGAAGAGGAACCAGACAAGUUUGAACCUGAGAGGUUUUUGCUGAAGAACGCUGCAAUUGAUUACAAAGGACAUGACUUCGAGUUGAUCCCUUUCGGGGCCGGGAGGCGAGGCUGCCCUGGGAUUGUAUUUGCCAUGGCUGUUAACGAGCUUGCUUUGGCUAGUGUGGUCUAUAAGUUUGAUUGGGCGUUGUUGAGUAGUGGAGAAGAGGAUUUGGAUUAUUAUCAUAUGACUGAAACCACAGGUUUGACUACGCAUAGAAAGUUUCCUCUUAUGGCUGUGCCAACUGAAUAUUAUCAAUGAUCACUAUAUAUGUAUUUUAAUAAGAGCAUUGCUAUUAGGCACCAGUGGUGCCUUACAUCUUCUCGACAUGUCGCGCGUUGCGAUUGGCUAGCGAUACUCCUUAAAAGCUAUUAUAUUAAAUUAUAUGGGACCCGAUAUUUAGUUGGACCAAUAACGAUAUUGACACAUAGGAGGGUGCUAGGCACCACUGGUGCUCUUUAGCAUUUCUCUUUUAAUAAAUAAUGUAUUUUUUUUUUUUGCAAACCGAAAUAGGGACUUAAUAGUGUCUUUACGAAUAUAUAUGUUGAAUCCAAUCUAUGUAUAAACUAUUAAUUUUAUUGUAUUUUGUUAUUAGGCUAA